CCUCGCGACACAUAAGAGGAACGAGUCUCGAGACGCUACGUAUAAGCUAACAGACAUUUGUUUUUGUCUCUUCCCCUUUCUCUCUCCCAUCUCCCUCGUAAACUCCUUCUUCUUCGUCUUUCGUAAUUCCAUGCUUCUUCUUUAGCUCACCUUCUCUCCAUGAUCCUCUCCCCCAGCCGCCCAUCAUGACUCUGACUCCUCCUCCGCCGCAGCAAACGCCUAAUUCGCCGCCCCGAGUUCUCAUCGUCGGAAACUACUGCCACGACGUUCUGAUCCAAAACGGCACCGUCGUGGCCGAAACCCUCGGCGGCGCCGCCUCCUUCAUCUCCAACGUCCUAGAUUCCUCCUCCGUCUCCUGCGACCUGAUCUCCAAAGUAGGCCGCGACUUCAAAUACGACGUCGCCCACCCCCCGAUCGUGGCCCCGGAGAAGGAGACCACGGUCUUCGAAGCCUAUUUCGAUCUCGCAGCCGAUCGAGUAUUGAAACGCGUCGCUGCAUGCGAUCCGAUCCUCCCUUCGGACAUCCCCGACUCGAGAUUCGACAUCGGGAUGGCUGUCGGCGUCGGCGGGGAGAUUCUCCCGGAGACGCUCGAGAAGAUGGUGGAGAUCUGCGACGUGGUGGCUGUGGACAUACAAGCUCUGAUUAGAGUUUUCGAUCCCGUUGAUGGAGCUGUGAAGCUUGUUGAUUUGAAGGAGAGUGGGUUUCGUCACCUCAUGGGUAAGAUCGGCUUCUUGAAAGCUUCGUCGGACGAAGCUCUGUUCAUGGAUGUUGAAGGGAUGAGGCGUUUGUGCUGUGUGGUGGUGACUAGUGGUGAAAAAGGUUGCAGGAUUUAUGACAAGGAUGAUGAGACGGUGGUACCUCCGUUCGUGGCGAAGCAGGUGGAUCCUACCGGCGCUGGGGAUAGUUUUCUUGGAGGUUUGGUGGUUGGUCUUGUAGAGGGUUUGGACGUUCCCGAUGCAGCGUUGUUGGGGAACCUCUUUGGUUCCAUCACUGUUGAGCACAUUGGUCAGCCUAAGUUCGAUUCGAUGAUGCUUCAGAAAGUAAAAGAUGAGGUACAGAGAAGGAAGAAGCAAUGCAAUCUCUCAAGCAGCCACAACAAUGAUCAUGACGAGUUCCAUGCGCGUCUAAGUCCAGCUCGGUUUCAGGACUCUCCACUUCAACCAAAGCUAUUGGUCAACGGUCACUUAUGUGACCGGUCAUGAUUGAUUCCUGCAAAUACGAAUCUUUUAAUCACUAACAACGCUCUUCUGAAUUGUGUAAACUUUCCACGUUUAUGAAUUUUGGAAAUUUAUCUACUCUUUAGUGUAUAAACGCCAUGCCCAGCGUCAUCAAACGCUUUUUGUGGCCGCCAA